AUGUCGCUGACAACUGUCCCCAUCGAACUAUGGCAGAACAUCGCGCUUCAAGUGGUUGCAGAUGUUAUCUCGGCUCGCGACAUUCGCUUCAGUUCCUUAGCCCUACCUGACAGUUUACUGGAGCCGCUCGAGCCUGCUUCCUUCCGCUAUCCUGGAACUUUCGAGGACUCGCCUCAGCAAAGGACGAAACGUCUCUACGGACCCCACACCGAAGCUUGUGCGUUGAAGAUCUCUUCCAGUCCCGUUCCGAGUCAGGCUCUUUGGUUCAGCAAGAGCAAAGAUCCCUCACCCACAUCUACCGUCGCUUCCUUGCUAGCCAUCGACCGCCGCCGUAGACGUGCCUUGUACGAUCUACCCGAAUUCUGGGAGGGCAUCGCGCUGUUGAUUCCCGCUGCGACGUCGCAUGCAUUGAAAUGCACCGAGCGGCGACCUACCAUUCCUUUGGACUUUACGUCCCACCUCCUCCUAUGCCCUUGCAUACUGGAGAUGUUGAAACCGCAUCUCUCCAAGGUGACUCGCGUUGACGUCGCCAUUUCUGGUGAAUUCUCGAGCAUUCCCGACCCGCCCCGGCUUCUGGGACAAUGGCUCGGCUUCCUGCCCGAUAGCGAACUGCAACAUCUUGAGUACCGCUACGCUCUAGGCGACCGGCUAGACCGGUCUCGCAGAGAGCAUCAUGAGCACCGCAAGGUGCAGGUUCAGGUGGCGCUGAAUCCUUCAUUUGUCUUGUAUGGCGGCGCGCUGCGCAGACUGAAUCUGGCUGUGGAGAGAUGGGACCGUGCUAUACCAGGCGACGAACUAGUCCUCCUUCUUAGCCGCUGCCCAUCGCUAGAGGAGCUCGCGUUGCAGAUGGUACUGGCUUCCUCAAACGAGGUGCCCGCCGUUGCGCUACCAGUAUCUCUUCCCCGCCUUCGCUAUUUUCUUCUGUGCGGAGAACUCGAGGAAUGGCAGUACUUGAGGCCAAAACUCUCCAUCCCGGAAGCAGCUUCAAUCCACGCCGACCUCGUCCUGCCAGAGCUGGACUUGUUCUUGAAUGAUGUCGAUCGUUUCGCUGCAGAGGGAUCACUCAGUUGGCUGAGUGGAGUGGGAUUUCCAUCGUGCCGCGUUGUAAUCCUGCACUACCAAACCAAGACCCCGACGGAUCGGCCUCCCGACAACGAAACGCCCGAGCUGGUGACACUCACUUUUGCCGCCAGCGAGGAGGAGGCAUGGGCGGAGAAGGACCCUGAGCGGACGUCCCAUAGAUGGACGUUCACGAUUCGGUUCCCUGGGCUGGUGCUCAACACACGUUACCCGGCAGGGCCUGGGGCCGAUCCCCGAGACUCUCGCAGCAUUUUAAGCCAUGAGCUCCUCGUAAGCUCAAUAUGUCAAGGCAUCGACAGGUCGGCGACUCAAGUCCCAGCCAUUGAUCUCAAGACCACCGAGGUGUUCAUCGUCAAAGCCGGUGGCAGGCUACGGCCCAUGGUUGACCUGUAUCACCUAACGCGCCACUUUCCGAACUUGAAGGUCCUCGUCCUGUACGGUGUUUUCAACAGAGAUAGUUACGCUCUGAAGAACGCCAUACGCGAGCUUAGAGAUGGAACUUGGAGAAGCAUAGAGCGGGUCUGUCUGCCGGACUACGACGGCUCAGGUUGGUAUAUGGAUAGGUUUGUGGGGCAAGAGGAACACGAAGUUCAGUUUUCCACUUCGUGUACGCUUGAUGAUGGUACGUGUAUCGUGAAUAUUGGUCUUGGUCUGGUCAACCUACAUGACUGA